AUGUUCGCCAUCCAGCCAGGGGUGGCUGAGGGCGGCCAGUUCCUGGGGGGCCCGCCGGAAGUAUGUCAGCCGGAGCUCCAACCAGACAGCAACUCUAACUUCAUGGCAAGUGCCAAAGAUGCCAAUGAGAACUGGCAUGGGAUGCCAGGCCACGUGGAGCCCAUCCUGAUGCAGAGCUCCUCUGAGUUGCCCUCUGACAACCAGGUCUUCCAGGCCCCUGGGCUCCCUGAGGGGGAGGUGCGCAGCCCACCAGAGGGGGCAGAAAUCCCCGGAGCUGAGCUUGAGAAAUUGAGUGGUGCCAGCCCAGUGUGCUCCCCGCUGGAGGACAACGGCUACGCCAGCAGCUCCCUGAGCACUGACAGCCCCAGCAGCAGUCCUGAGCCUGCCUGUGGGACCCCUCGAGGCCCGGGCCCUCCAGAUGCCCUUCUGCCCUCGGUGGCCCAGGCUGUGCAGCAGCUGCAGGCUCAGGAGCGCUACAAAGAGCAGGAAAAGGAGAAGCACCACGUGCACUUGGUGAUGUACCGCCGCCUGGCCCUGCUGCAGUGGAUCCGGGGCCUGCAGCAGCAGCUGGUAGACCAGCAGACCCGUCUGCAGGAGAGCUUCGACACCAUCCUGGACAACCGAAAGGAGCUUAUCCGCUGUCUCCAACAGAGGGCAGCCCCAUCCGGGCCCCAGGAGCAGGGCUAAGGGGUCCCAUUGCUCCGGAGAGAGGGCUGGCUGCAGUAUUUAUCUGAGGGUUGUGGCUGAUCCAUUCCCCUGAGACUUCCCAGCCACCUCUCCACCCUCUCCCCAUCACUCCUCUCAGACUUCGCUCUGCUAAGGCUGUUGUCCCUGAUGGUGGAUUUGCUGUGGACGAAGUGUGGUGGCUGCUCUGGCCUGCCAUGGCUUUUUGACUACAGUUUUGCCAGGGCAACUGGUAGAGAAUGAGUAUGAGGGAGGGGAGCUGGGGUUGGUGAUCGACACUGCGGCAGGGAUGGUGGGGGUGGGAUCAGAGAAGAAGAUAAAGUCCCACUUGAACUCUGCCUUGGGGCACAUGGGAGAUGGGGAUGGGGAAGAUGACAGUGGCAGAACCUUGUGAAGAAUAGGAGAAAGGGAAUUCUAAAACAUCACUUGGAAACAAACCACGCUUCUCCACGGCAAAGGAGUGGUUGCAGACCAUAUUGAUUUAAGCUUCUGAUGAAAGCGGAUGUGCACUUAUACGCUUGCAAGGAAUGGAUGAGGUGCUCCAAGACUGCUGGGGGAAAAAAAAUCUCACUUUCUUCUCUGUGCCUCUACUUGCUGUCCCUUUCUGGCUUUAGCAACACUGGAUGUUCAAUUAGGUUGGUCUGUUUUCCUGAAAUCAGGCUGUCUAGGCCCAGAGGAGCCAUAGUCGGCUUUCCAGGGUGGGCAGGGGGCAGUGUCAGCCCAGCCUCUGGAAGCUCUCAGGAUGCUGGGUCAUAACCCCUUCCGUCACUGCAUGGUCUUUUCAGUGGGGGUUGACUGGCUCCAGCAGAGGCUCUGUGAAAUGGAGAGUGGGUGAAUUCUGGGGAGAAAUAAGGACUAAGGUAGCCAAGCUCUGUGCUUUGCUUUUGGGAGCCAUGAGGAUGCAAGAUCCUGAUGGGUGAGCAGUGGCAUGACGCUGAGUCUCCCUAUCUGCGAAAUGGGGGUGCUCUUCCUCUCUCUAAAGAGUUCUAUCCCUGACGGUGGGUGAAGGGCAUAUUAGUGAGGUUGAAGCAAUGGUCCUGGGGACUUUCGU